AUGAAACUAUUCACAUUCCUGCAAUGUAUUGCCAUUUCGGCUUGGUCUAUCUCGCCAGGCCAUGCCGCUACCAAAGCCUACAAGACAUGCCGCAAGCUUUCCAAAGACCCAGAUUGGCCAAAUCCUGAAACCUGGGAGGCAGCACUGCCAGGUGUGACCCCGAUCGAGGAGAAUCCUACGAGCCCUCUCCCAAAUUAUCGAUUCCGCGCACAGUCUAUUGAAGACGUCCAGGCUGCCGUACACUUUGCUACCGAACACAACGUCCGCCUUGCCGUUGUCACUACGGGGCAUGACCAACUUGGCCGCAGCGACGCUGGGUCAGGUCUUCUACUCGAUCUGUCUUUUCUGAGAGGCAUCAAGGUUCACGAAUCUUUCAUUUCAACUAAGAGCGGUACGGACAGGCUCGACCACACGGAGGAGGCCAAUGUCAUUACUCCACUUCCGGGGGUUCAAGCUGCUGCUACGUUUGGGCCGGCAGCAGCUGGACUCUAUCUCAACUACGCACUCGAUCCGUCAGGCCUAUUCAGCAUGAGCGGAGCUUCAGCUACCGUGGCUAUAGCCGGAGGAUGGGGCCAGAAUGGCGGCUACGGGCCACUCACCUCUCAGUACGGGCUCGGCGUCGAUCAGUGGCUGGAAGCCAAAGUGGUGACACCUGAUGGACAGCUUCGUAUCGCAAAUAACAAAACAAACAAGGACCUCUUCUGGGCUAUUCGUGGCGGUGGCGGCAGUACAUUUGGUGUCGUUGUCGAAGCCACCUGGAAGGUUUAUCCUACAGUCCCUUUGACCGGGUUCAACUGGUGGAUGAACUCAACCCUUGCAGGUCCAAACUCGACUGACUACGAAACUGGUCGGACACCAGUGAGCGAGGCUAUGGAGUACCUCUUCUCUGAGUUACCAGGCCUUCAAGAGAAGGGCAUCACGGCUUACGUUUAUGCCGGGCCGAACAGCGUUCGAUGUUACGCUAUUCAUCCAGCGGAUCGUUCUGGCGUGGCGAAUGCAAACGCCGUGUGGGGUCCGAUUUUGUCCAAGAUGCAGGCAUUCCCCGGUAUGAAACCUUUUCAGUCGCGGCCUUAUGACUUUGUCGACUACAAGGACUUCUUUGACACGACUUACGGCCCGCUUCCAAGCCCAGGAGAUGAGCCCGCCUCGCCUUACAACCGCGGCAUCGUCCCCUUUGACAGUCGAUUACUCGGCGCCGAGCACUUCCGCAGUCCCAACAUAACAUUUGCGUUGCGUGAAACGAGAGGCAGCUAUGGUAUUCUGGUUUGCUCGCCCGGUGGGAGAUUCGGGGAUGGAUCCGAUACCUCAAAUAACCCGGGAUGGCGGAAGGCUGUCGCACUCGUCGUUGGCUUCAAGACGAAUACGACCAAUGUAGACGGGCUCCGGGUUCUUGCUCCCGAUAUGGGCACAUAUAUCAAUGAGGCGAGUACAGAACAAGAGCACUGGGCUUCGGCAUUUUGGGGCACAAACUACCCGCGCCUGUCUGGGAUCAAAUCCGAGAUCGACCCGAAUAUGACGUUCUGGACCAGUCCCGGAAUCCAUGCCGACCACAUGGAAGUGGUCGAUGGGCGUGCUUGUCUCAUCGAACCCCCACCCGAAGGAACCUCCUUGAUCCCUCCACCAACCGACAGACAUGUCAUCGCGGAUCUGGCCAAAGAUGGGCAUUUCCUUUUCGGCGAGAAGGAACUCAUCGGCGCCACGUACCCGGCUCCUGGAACGUGGGUAGGUUUACAGCCCCCGGAGCUAGCCUAG